AGUUUAUGUUGUGUUAUGUUGUAUUUUCUAAUUGUGUUAUUUGCUUCAUUGUCACUUUGGCUGCAGGGGGAGAUAUACAAAUCGUUUGUUGAGCUAUUUCAAGUGGCCACGGUUAAACCUGCCCCCUAUGGGAUCUGCAACUACCCGUCAUCCCGGGCGAUCUAUGCCGUCGACCUAAUGCUGAAAUGGGACGCUGAUGGUGAUGGAAGGCGGAUCAUGCAGCCUCAGAUUCUGGAGGUGAACUACAACCCCGACUGCGUGCGAGCUUGCAAGUAUCACCCUGACUUUUUCAACGACGUGUUCAGCGUGCUCUUCCUGGAGGAGGCGACCGGACACAAUGUCACUCUCUUGAGCUGAUCCCGUUCGCAAUUGUCACGAUCGCACGGCGCAACGCACAUCGUCGGGAGAACUUGCAGCUUUGAGGCGGGAAACCGGUCGGCAUGUGAAAGACGGCACCAAGUAACGGGGGUAGAAUUGGGCCAUUCGGCCCAUCGGGACUACCCCGCCAUUCAUCGUGGCUGAU